AUGGAGAAUGAUACAGAGGAUGCAGUACUCAACGCCUGCCCUUCUCCUGAAGCAUUAGAGCCAGAGGCAGCGGCUGGAAUUCCCACGCAGUCCCUGACGGCUUCGACACAGAAAGAAUCCUUUGAGGUUGUUGGAAGAGCCGCUGCUUCUCUCUUGGCAGCCGCAUUCUGCACUGAAGACCCCGAAGUGGUCCGCAAGCUCGCUGAGGAGCUGAAAGUGACUGGGGACACUUCGCUCGUAGGCGGCGAAUUUCCAGAAUGCGCAACAGACGGUCGAGAAGGUGAAGCAGCAGACUCUUCACAAUCUACACCGCAUAUAGAAGGAGAAGAAGAAAGCAUUUUUUCGAACCAAGAUCAAGAACCCGCCUGCACUGGCUCGUUUCAUUUAGAGCAGGUUCCUCUUGGCUCUGCCUUGUUUUCGGGAAGCCUAACCGUCAAUCAAGAAGGGGCACUCAGCAUCCUUGGACCAGCUACUGUGUACUUUGAAAAUGGCACGAAGUACAUGGGGCUGCUUUGCAACCGCAUGGGGCUUUGCGGGGAUGCCUCAAUCCAGUGGCCUAGUGGAGCCACGUAUGAAGGACAGGUUACACGAGGACUGCGCCACGGGAUCGGCACCUACACUUCAGCAGAUGGCGCUGAUGGCAGCAAAUACAGCGGCGAAUGGGCGGCCGGACGGCGACACGGGUUCGGGGAGCAGGUCUUUGCAGACGGCAGCAGAUACGAGGGGCAAUGGGUGGACGGGUUGCAAGAGGGGCAGGGGUUGAUGAUUUGGAAGGAACCCGCAGUGCAGUAUGUUGGAGAGUGGAGGCGGGGCACUGUCUCAGGAUGGGGUCGCCAAACGUGGAUCGAAACCCCCGACUUCGACGGUGGAGGAGCCUGCCUAUUUGUUUACGACCGGAUGGCAGAAGCGCCGCCCAGUACUCUUGAUGAUCCUGUACGAGCUCUUGUCGACCUGUCAACUGCGCAGCAGGCCGAGGUCUAUAGGCAUCUGGAGGCGUACGACGGCCAGAACCUGUGGACUCAAGUCCCCGCAUGCGAGCGUCUCGCUGCAAGGACGAUAAGAAGUGUCUACCAGACCAUGUUGCGGCCUCUACAGUUCGGCGAAACGAACAGCAGCACCCAUAUCUGCGGUGGAUCUUGGUACCAGGAGACUUGCCCUGUUGUAUUAAGCCUUCCGAGCUUCUUCUCCAUUGCUUAUCACCCCAGGAAUAUGUGCGUCCUCCGUCGCGUAUACGGUGCCUAUCGUCGCAUGGCUCCGAUGCCUCAUACCGACCCAUACGUGCUCUCUUGUGCACAGUUCUGGUACAUUUUACUUAGCUCAUGGAGUGAUGAGAAAUUCCAACGCGCUCGACGCCUGUCCGGUGGAACUCCGGCAACGUUGACAGUCAUUGAGGCUGAGAGGAGGCGCAGCACGUGCAGCAUAGACUUCCGACUAACUGAACUUACGGGACGUUCAACAGAUGCAGCGCCUACAGCAGCACCUACGGAGCCUCUCUUUGCCUCAACAGGAGAAGCACCAGCACCAGCUAAAGUUCCAGCUACAGCAGCAGAUGAAGAAGCUAGACAAGAGGCUCAGCAGCAGCCGGACUCUUCGAAGCCACUACCUGGAAGUGCAACAACUCCUAGCACAGUCAUGAGCAUUCUAGAGAGCCACGAGCAAGGCAUUAUCCGGCCGGAAAAGGCAGGACCACGGGCCUACGAAGUCAUUGGGGAAGACUCUCUCCGCAUCCACCGUAGACCCGUAUUAUUUACUGCCUUCUUAAGAGGUUUAGUCAUAUUGCUGCAGAUCCGCCUGCGCAACCUCCAACGAGGAGAUAAAAAUAAUUCAGAUGCCGGGGGAUCAGGAGCUACAUUUGCCGCGGGAGCUUUCGAGCGCCUCGAUUUAGAGGAUCCCCAUUGUUUGAGCCUCGCUUGGACAGCUCUGUGCCGUAAACUUCGCAUUUUCAGCGACACCCUUGAAAGGCAGAUACGGAAUGAUCUCAAAGGAGUGUCUCACAAGGAUGAAAACACACAGAACGAGCAUGGAAAUCAGGCACUCCGUAAAAAGACAAGUCAAGCAGAGGCCAGUGAAUCUAGGCCAGGUGGUCUUAGUAGAGUGCCUAGUGAGCAGCCCCAGCCAAAACAAAGCGUGCCUCCCCAACCACCUGCACGCAGGCAAGACACUGUGUCGCAGCAACUCAGGCGAUCGCCAUCAGGACCAGGGAUGCCGAAGCCGUCCAUCAACAGACAACAGUCAGGAACGACUUGUAUAAGCACACGGAAAGCCCCAGAUGCCUACCGCUAUGGACCUGCUACAGGGCCGACUGCAAACGACAGCAGAGCAAAAGGCCCUUCCAGAUGGCCAAGCGGCAGCCACGGGGAAGGUAGUGUGCCUUCCAGCGAGGAGAUAGCAGGCCUGGUACUGCCCAGUGACCAUCAGCAAGCAGCUAAAGGAACAGGAGAAUGUGACAUGUUGAGGUCGACACCGCUGAGCGCUUUCGCUUUACCAGCUCUUGGAUUGGUCGCCGUGAUGCUGGAGGUGUUGCCGAAGUCAGCAGAGCUGCAUCGUCACCAGCAGCAAUCUAAGAAACUCAGCAUACAGCAGGAGAAAGAACAAGACCAAUCAAAGGUGAAAGCAGACGGCAAUUUGGUCGAGUCCUCCACAGACGCCCUUGAUGAUGGCACGGCGGCAAAACGCGAUGAGAUCCAGCGCCAACAGCAUCAGCAGAUGCUGUGGCUAGAUCAGCAGCAACAGGCCCUACGCGAAGCAAUGCGUAAAGGGCAGCUUUCAUGGACUGAAAUUGCCAGCUGGAAGCUGACCGUUAUCGAAGUUCAGCGGCUCCUCCUGCGAAUCGUCCAGCUAAAGAUGCCUCCAUCAAUCGCUGCUCUGCUUACUUUGGAACGCCAAGUCGAGGAAUUCAUGCGCCUCUUUUCGGCCGCAGUAUGCUCUCCCAUAGGGGAUACGCAGCAGCUGCUGAUCCCGACUCUGAGACAGGCGUACUCGCAAGAUCAACACCAUAUCUUCCACCAGCAUUCGUUGGCAGGAGACGACUCCCCUGCAGCCCGCAGCGAUGCCACUUUCUCAGCAGCUCCAACAGCGGAUGCAGGAACCUCAAGAUGCUUCUGGCAAGGAUUCUGUGGCUCGUCUUUAAAGGGGAGGCAGAUCUACGAUCCGCCUCUAAAGAUAAGUGAAUCGGUAGCGUCGGAGGUACCGGACUCAGAAGAUGGUACCGAGAGCGAAACUAGCGACUCGCUGAAUUAG